AUGCCUAUUAAUUAUCUCAUUUUGCUGUCCAGGCAGGGCAAAGUGAGACUUGCAAAAUGGUUCACUACUCUCUCACCCAAAGAGAAGGCCAAAAUCAUUAAGGAUGUCUCUCAACUCGUUCUCUCCCGGCGGACACGAAUGUGCAAUUUUCUUGAAUACAAGGACAGCAAAGUAGUCUAUCGCCGUUAUGCCUCUCUCUUCUUCAUCGCAGGCUGCGCCUCCACCGACAAUGAAUUGAUCACCCUCGAGAUUGUCCAUCGUUACGUCGAACAGAUGGAUAAAUACUAUGGCAAUGUGUGCGAACUUGAUAUCAUAUUCAACUUCCAAAAAGCCUACUUUAUCCUGGAUGAACUUCUUCUGGCAGGGGAGAUGCAGGAAAGCAGCAAAAAAAAUGUCCUACGCUGCAUAAGUCAAGAGGACAGUCUUGAGGAUAUGGAGGUAAGUGAAUGA